GCGGCCCUCCUGUCAUCUUGGCGGGCCUGGGCUGCGUCCUCUUCCUGUGGCUCCACUCCUCCCUGCUGCUGCCAGCCACUUGAAAGCAGAGACCCCACUGUCGCCUCCCCCGGCUGGCCUUAGGGUCCUGUGCGAGACGCACCCCUCAGCCGCCCUCCUCGAGUGCCCCUGGAUCCCACGCGGGGUACUAGUUUCCUGCUCCUCCCUGGCCUGGGCGCUCAGCUCUGGGCUGGGGAAUUCAGCCUGACUGGUUGUCCAGGAAGAUGCUGUCUGGGCUUCCCAGGGUGACCCAGUAUCUCCCUGAGCAGUGUGCCUGUCACAGCUGCCUCCCUCCCUGUCCCUGUGGGCACACAAGGCAAGGAGGCCAGGAGGAGCCAGGUGCCAGACCCCCUCCAUCCCAGUCGCCUGAGGCAUCCCCCAGCCACCACUGUGAGAGGUGGGAGGCCGGGCAGGCCUGUGGUCACCAUGGUACAGGUGCACCACCUGAUUUAUAGGCCAAGGGACUCCUCUUGGUCACCUCUCUGUGCCCCCAGCAUGGGGCUGGCCCUGCAGUGCACCCACCAUCAAGGGCUGUUGUCUCUUGCUCCAGAAUGAGGUCUUCAGGGCGCCACUGCUCGCAGGACCGGGAAGGACCUGGUGCCCUUUGCCUGGAGCGGGAUAGACAGGGCAGCUGGGGGCGGGCUGCGGCCGCUGAUUAAAGGCCGCCUAGAGCAGCCUGUGUGGCGACAGGUGCCCAGAAGCCCAGGAAGCCGGUCAGUGCCCGCCCCAGUUUGAGGACUUGCUAUCCCCGUGGGAACAUCACCAUGUCCGAGGCACCCCGGGCCGAGACCUUUGUCUUCCUGGACCUGGAAGCCACUGGGCUCCCCAGUGUGGAGCCCGAGAUUGCCGAGCUGUCCCUCUUUGCUGUCCACCGCUCCUCCCUGGAGAACCCGGAGCACGACGAGUCUGGUGCCCUAGUAUUGCCCCGGGUCCUGGACAAGCUCACGCUGUGCAUGUGCCCGGAGCGCCCCUUCACUGCCAAGGCCAGCGAGAUCACCGGCCUGAGCAGCGAGGGCCUGGCGCGAUGCCGGAAGGCUGGCUUUGAUGGCGCCGUGGUGCGGACGCUGCAAGCCUUCCUGAGCCGCCAGGCAGGGCCCAUCUGCCUUGUGGCCCACAAUGGCUUUGAUUAUGAUUUCCCCCUGCUGUGUGCCGAGCUGCGGCGCCUGGGUGCCCGCCUGCCCCGGGACACUGUCUGCCUGGACACGCUGCCGGCCCUGCGGGGCCUGGACCGCGCCCACAGCCACGGCACCCGGGCCCGGGGCCGCCAGGGUUACAGCCUUGGCAGCCUCUUCCACCGCUACUUCCGGGCAGAGCCAAGCGCGGCCCACUCAGCUGAGGGCGACGUGCACACCCUGCUCCUGAUCUUCCUGCACCGCGCCGCAGAGCUGCUCGCCUGGGCCGAUGAGCAGGCCCGCGGGUGGGCCCACAUCGAGCCCAUGUACUUGCCGCCUGAUGACCCCAGCCUGGAGGCCUGAGCACCAGGGCCACCUCCUGUGCCAUGGACAGUGCCAGCCUCCACCGUUCAGCUGGCCUCUACCACCCCUGGCUCCUCCUAUCUGGGCAGCUUCAGGUCUGUGCACCUGCCAGGCCUUCCCUGGCUGCCUGACCAGCCAUACAGCCCUGGAUUCCUCUCCAGGCCCUGCUUCCAGGGCCAUGCUCUCCCGGCUAGCCUGCGUGCCCAGCAGAGUUUGCUGUUUCCUAAUAAACAUUGCCAACUACUCA